GUUUGGGUCCUGUACGUGCCUGUGGUGGUUGCUUAGCAAGCAGAGAGCAUAGUAAUUUUGAGUUAUUCUUAUGACUUUUCUGUCGUUGAGAUUCAAGGAUUUUGUCGUGCACUUUGUUGUGAGGUUCGCCAAUGGCUGACUGGGCUGGAUUUUCAGAGGAAGAACUUCGUAGAAUACAGCAGAAAGAACAAGCUGCACCUAAUGUCCCAGUGCGGGGCCGAAGACCACCUCCGACCAAUAGGAGCCGUCAGCAGUUGCAGCAAGAGAGAGCCAUGCAGCAGGCAGCUCAGCUGAAUGGAGCCCCUUCAAUCCCUCCUGAGCAGCAGCUCUCCAGGCCCAAACCACAGCCUUCUAUCCAGACGGCUCCAGCACCAGCACUAAACCAGGAGAAGGAGGCCAUUCACACAGCCAAGAGCCAGCAGAAUGAGCCCAGAGUCCAGGGCUAUCCCAAACCACAAGGAACAGAAGCAGAAAAGUGUCCAGUCAUUGAAGAACCAGAGAAGCAGCAGGUGGAAUUGAGAGAGAAGACUGGUCUGCAGCAUCUUCAGCAGGAACAGCGAUUCAUGGAAGAGAAGAAUAAACGGAAAAAGGCGCUUCUGUCAAAAGCCAUUGCAGAAAGGUCUAAGCGCACACAGGCAGAGGCUGUGAAACUGAAAAGAAUUCAGAAGGAGCUACAGACACUGGAUGACAUGGUGUCCAAUGACAUUGGGAUCUUGCGCAGCCGCAUAGAGCAAGCCAGCUGGGAAUACUCCCAAGCGAGGAAGCAUUUUGAAAAGGCAGAGGUGGAGUAUGUGUCAGCGAAGCUGGACCUGCACAAGAAGAUGGAUGUGAAGGAGCAGCUUACAGAGCACCUGUACACCAUUAUCCAGCAGAAUGAGCUGCGCAAAGCCUACAAACUGGAAGAGCUCAUGAUGCUGCUGGAGAUGGAGACCGACGAGGAGAGGCUAGAGCUGGAGAUUGAGGUUGAGAGGCUGUUGCAGCAUCAGGAAGCCCAGUCUGGGAAUGGGGAGGGGAACAGCGCACAUAUUGGAGACCAAGCAAAGGAAGACUGCAGCAGCAGUGCAAGUGGAGGAGAGGAAAGUAGAAGACAGUAAGCUGUGUGACUCUGCAAAGGAGCAACAUUUUGAAGACACUAAAUCACAGAAUGUUAAUAUGCAUUGUGAAAUUCAAGCUGCUAAAGACUGAAGGGUCUACCUGCACAAUAUGAGAAGGGUGGUGGGGGUAUUAUAUUUGUGCGUAGUGCCUGUGACACCCUCCGAACCAUUUAAGAAACGUAAUGUAUGACUAAAGAGAUUCACAAACAAGAUUUAAAAUUGUUGGCAGUGAUACAGUUUUUUCAUAAUAUGCUAAUUUUUAAUGUGACAUUCGCAACUUCCUGUCUCGGUUUUAAAGCAGCCUCAGGAUACCUGUAGUGACAUCACACAGGGAGAAGGUGAACAAAAGACAGAUUGACAUUCACAGAGACAGGCCCAUUUUGAAUAACUAAAUGCCUCGUAUUUGUGUUGAAGCUGGUUGCUCCAGUCAGGCAAACGAACAAAAGAAUAUUAGUAUUCACCAUUUUCCGAAAAACACAAAAAUGCAGCACAUAUGGGAGAAAGUUCAAACAACCAGAGCGAAGUGCUAUGCGUCAAACUGGAAGUACACCUACAUAUAUAGUGUGCAUUUCGUGCCAGAUAGUUUUGAAGAAAGACCGAUGAUGAUGGCAGAGAGAAUUUUGAUUUUUUUGCCGUUGGCAUCUCUGCAUUAUGAUCGUAGGCGUAGUUUCCACAGUGGACAUGUCUCCCUCACUUUUUCAUUAUUUCAGAUAGAAUCAUCUUUAUGCAUGCAUCAGCUACAGAAACUGUCCUCCCCCCCCCCUCCCCCUUUUGAAACCAAAGUUACACAACGGAUUAUGAUUAGGGGUAAUAUUCAUAAAAUCCAAAAAUGUGCACAUCCUUAAUAUACUGUACAUAUGUAUAUAUAGAGAUAUGUUAAAUACAUGCCAGUGGUUCGGUUUUUCUGCUGGUAUCAGUAAUUCAUGUAUCAAUAUUGUUAACUAAAGGACUGGCAUAACAAUACAAUUUAGUAUCCGUCUAUGUUAAACGUAAGGGCUUUUAUUAACCAUUCCAUGUUGCCAAAACGCUGAUUCUUCGGAUGUCUGCUGUCCCUCUGGUCCGUCCGCAUUGGUGUUGUCAGAGUCUCUCUCCGAGUUUGACCCUUCUGAUUCAGAGGCAUAAGGCUCGAAUUGAUACGGGAGACAAUCCCUGUUUUCUCUCUGUACGGCAGAUCAAUCACUACAUGAUUCGCAUUCAUAAGAGGUGUCUGAAACUGAUAAAAUGAGGCUACUCUCACUUUCACUGUCGCUGUCAUCCAUACUGGCAGAUGCAAGCCUGCGGGUAUCUCCCUCUUUGACGUCACAGUCUCCUGGAACCCAAACCAGGAAAUGGAGAUCGCCCUCUGUGUAUUUCCAGGUAUUAUUUGAUUAAUUGUAGUGAGAUUAAACAUAAUUUGGUAAAAUGAAUGUGAUUAUAUGUUCAAGUGAGACCUGUUAAUAUAAUUUUGUAUGUUUUUGGUGAAAGUAAAAUUCCAUGUCAUAGGCUCUUUAAUACAUAAAAGAAGCACAUUUACUGUAAUGUACAUUUAUGUAGUAUACAUGAACAUAUAUCUAUAUGUUAUGGUGCAAUGUAAGGUCAAUCCAAACUAUUUUCAAUAACACUAUUUUCAAUAACAUUAUUUCCAACCAAUCUUUACACACACAUCCACCAAUGUUUUGCUUGUUAAUUGUUUUGAGCAGGAGGUGGUGGAAAGUUAUAUAUUGUAUCUAAUAUUUGAUACAAAUAUGAGUAAGUGUGUAAAUACUGAAUGUAUACUCUUCCAUACAUCUUUCUUUUCUAUCUGCCAGUAUAUGGAAGUCUCAUCCAUACGUCACAAACAUUUGAAUGGCUAUACGAUGUAUCUUAAAAAACGCUUCUCUAUUGUGAUGAAGUUUGGUAUUGAAUUGUGUUCUUCAGCAUUUGAGAAUGUAGAUCGUGGUUGCCUCCUUUUCCUCGAGUUUCUUGAGAGCUCUGAUUGGUUAGAACUAGCGUCCUGAAUUUGAUGGAUGGUUGUAACAAAUGAUUCUGCAUACUGGGGGUGUAGACCAUGCUAACUUGCUUUUUUUAAUGUCCCGAGCUACUGAAGGCUUUAUCUUGGGAACCCUUCAAUUGUAAUAUGGUUCAUGGGCAUUUGUUAGACAUUAUUUCCCCUGUAUUAUUUGUGUUCCUAUAAUUACUCUUGCAAUAUCUUUGGAAGGGGGUAUUUUCAUUUACAGACCUUGUCACAACAAUGACGGCAUCUUGAGUUUGGCAACAAAUGCAAAAGUUAGGACUGUGCCAAUAAAUUGCUUGAUAGCAAUUAAGGCACUGUACUUAAUUCUUUACAGACUUUUUGGUUCUGAGUUGUAAUACAUGCAUUUUAAACAAAACUGUUUGCUAAAAUCAGGGGUUGUACAAAAUAAAUGUUAAUAGGUAUUGGUUAUAAAUGUUUGAUGCCUUGCAUGUUUUAUUCUGCUGCCUCUGCUAAUCCGCUAACAUCUAUUACAUUACAUUACAAUUGGCUGAUGUAGAUGUUACUUAGACUUAUCAUUCAACUAGUUGACAAAUUCGACAGAUUUAUUUUUAGUUUAGUACUUUUGUAUCUUAUGAUGUGUGUUAUGGAGGCUUGGUGGUCCAGUGGUUAAAGAAAGGGGCUUGUUUACCAGAGAUUCCAGGUUCAAUCCCAGCCACUGACUCACUGUGUGUGAUCCUGAGCAAGUCACUUAACCUCCUUCAGAGGAGGCUUAAAAACCGAGGUCCUAUUGUAAGUGAUUCUGCAGCAGCAUUUGUUGAUGGAUAGUUCACCUCCAGGUCUCUAAGUCGCUUUGGAUAAAAACAUCUACUAAAUGAUAAUACAUGUUCUACAGUAAUAACUAUACCACAUUUGAAAGUGUGAACAGGCUUUUUAAGUAUGAAUUAUCACAUACUGAUAAGUCAUUGACUUAAAAUAGCAGCCUCUGAUUGUCCAGUGACUUCUGAGUCACUCUGUCUAAAGUGAAAUUACAUGAGAGAUUUAUAUCUUGUUCAAAUGACUGCAGGAGGUGUGACUAAAGAGGUUAUCUUUGUGCACUUGUAUGGGAACCUGACAUUCAGUUUAUACAAACGUGCCAUGAACGUUUGCUUUUCUGGGUUAGAGCAGGCUAAUCUUGAAAACACUGUUCCUGAUGAUAAGGUAUGUUACCAAGUAAGAUUUAAUCUGUCAGGAUUGUGCUUUGAUUCUGUUUUACAAUGAAAACGACGAUAUGAUGAUGAUUAUUUUAACAAAAUAUAUUUUAAAUAAAUAUUCUACAGUCCAGUGAUAAAAUCAUUUUGCAACACCAAUAUCAGUGUGUAAGUAAUUGUGGGUUUACUUUGCUUACACAGACUUAAUGUAAAAAAUGUACAUCUUGAAAAGUAUUUGUAAGCAACACUAAUGUGUGUUUUGGUAAAUAAAAUAUUAUUUUUG